GCCAUCUUGCGAUAGGCGGUUACCGUGUAAUCGAAGUGGAUAUUCGCUCGCGUUUCGGGUGAAAGGUAAUCGAAGCCGGUUCUCAGUGCCCGAUGGAUAUAAUUGUGAGUUUCGUUGAAACGGUGAUGCCGUACUAAAAGUAAACAGUGUGUCAAGUGCGGUGAUAAACUGUGUUAAUAAUAAUUUAACCUAAACGCCGGCCGAUCCGUUCGCCGUGCCUCCCCCUUACGUCUCCGUCUAUUUCGUUAGUGUAUUUAAUCAUAUUAAAUAAACACGUGCACACCGUGGCGACAGGCUUCGGAAAAUCUAGUUUGUCUAAUAGGAUCAUUUGCGCUCCUCGUCGGCCCCCACAACUCCGCCGGAUAUAAACGGCGAGUAUCGCGGGCGCGGCGCGAGUCGAGGAGGAGGGCUGGUCCGUUGCAGCAGACGAUCUGCGUCGUCUGUACGUACGUACAUACAUACGUUACCUGAGGCGGCCCACCACACCCAGCGAGCUAGCGAGCGAGUUUCCGAACGAGCCAACGAGGGUCGAGCCGUGCGGAGUGGCGCGGAGUGCGGAGGUGGAGGCGAAGGAGAAAGAGGGAAAGAGAAAGAGUGACAGAGCGGCUCGAAUUCGAGCCGGAGGAGCGACGUGCAACUUAAAACUCGGUACGCGGGGGGGCCUGAGGGACGAUUUAACCCAGAGGGAAUACCGAGCGCACGGUGCCUAACUGCCUAGCCUCUCCUUUGCCCGAUCGAAACGGAACGAGAGCCGUGUUGUCGUCGAGCUGCGAUCCCUCGGAUUCGGUGCUGGUCAACGAUAUAAAGUGAGUGUCGGUGCGUGGGUGAUCAGUGCGUGCAUGCGUGCGUGCGUGCGUGCGUGUCGCGGAUCGACGACGUCGCUGUGCCGCCGCUGUUCGUUGGUGCGAGUGGCGUGUGGCCCUCGAGUCGAGUAUAAAAAGCUCAACUCGCGGGUGAGGGGAGGAGAGCAGGAGUGGACCGAGUGCGGUUUUGAUGCAACCUCGUCGUCGGCAUUUCGCUGCAGCAGGAUAAGAAGAAGGUAAAGAGGAAGAGGAAGAAGAAGAAGAAGAAGAAGAAGAAGAAGAAGAAGAAGAAGAAGACGAAAAAGGAGGAGGUCGCCGCCGCCGCCGCCGCCGCCGCCGCCGCCGCCGCUACUGCCGGUGCCGCCGGUCGUCCAUUCACCGUUUCAGUCGUCGCGCCACGACCGCGGCUCGAGCACCGAGGACAAAAUAACGGGGCUAAAAUAAGGGGAGAAAACGGCUGCUGCCGCACCGGAGGAGGAGGAGCAGGAGGACCACCACCGCGGUCACGGUGGCUCGGGUUCCCCGCUGCAGCACCACCGCCGCCGCUACGAGUACGACCACCACCUCCGUCGCCGCCGACGCCGACGGCAAAAGAUAAUAUCGGCUGAGCCGAGCUGAGCCGAGUUGAGCUGAGCUCUGAGCCGAGCCUACAGCCUACACUCCACUCGGACCGACCCCCACACGACGCAACCACCACCUCCCUCCCUCCCUCCCUCUCUCUCUCUCUCUCUCUCUCUCUCUCUCCCUCCUCCCUCCGAGGAUUUUGCCCUGAAACAUGGCGUGCUGCCUGUCAGAAGAGGCCAAGGAACAGAAGCGGAUCAACCAAGAGAUCGAGAGGCAACUUCGGAGGGACAAGCGAGAUGCGAGGCGAGAGCUCAAGCUGUUGCUCUUGGGCACUGGUGAGUCGGGUAAAUCUACAUUCAUCAAACAGAUGAGAAUCAUUCACGGUUCUGGAUACUCGGACGAAGACAAACGAGGGUUUAUUAAGCUGGUUUACCAAAAUAUAUUCAUGGCUAUGCAGUCAAUGAUCCGAGCCAUGGAUCUGCUCAAGAUCCAAUACGCAGAAUCUUCAAAUAUAGAGAAAGCAGAGCUUAUACGAAGCGUAGAUUUUGAAACAGUAACGACAUUUGAAAGCCCAUAUGUAGAAGCGAUAAAAGACUUGUGGGCAGAGGCUGGGAUUCAGGAAUGUUACGACCGUCGACGAGAAUACCAGCUUACAGACUCUGCGAAAUACUACCUCAUGGAGAUAGACCGGGUCGCAGCGCCUAACUACCUACCAACGGAGCAGGACAUUUUGCGCGUCAGAGUACCCACAACUGGUAUUAUUGAGUAUCCGUUUGACUUGGAAGAGAUCCGGUUUAGUUAUCUUAGCGAUCUCGAACGUAUAGAAAAGCCUGACUACCUACCAACGGAGCAGGAUAUUCUCAGGGCUCGAGCUCCGACUACUGGAAUAAUUGAGUAUCCCUUCGAUUUGGACUCCAUCAUAUUUAGGAUGGUAGACGUCGGGGGACAGAGAUCUGAAAGAAGAAAAUGGAUUCAUUGUUUCGAAAACGUCACUUCCAUUAUAUUUUUAGUAGCUCUAAGUGAAUAUGAUCAAAUUUUAUUUGAAUCUGAAAACGAGAAUCGCAUGGAGGAGAGCAAGGCGUUGUUCAAAACGAUCAUAACAUAUCCGUGGUUUCAACACUCCUCUGUUAUUCUGUUCCUAAACAAAAAAGAUCUUCUUGAGGAGAAGAUUUUGUACUCUCAUCUCGUCGACUACUUUCCAGAAUACGAAGGCCCACAAAAAGAGGCUACAUCAGCUAGAGAAUUCAUUCUCAGGAUGUUUGUUGACCUUAAUCCUGAUGCGGAGAAGAUUAUUUAUUCCCAUUUCACAUGCGCAACAGACACGGAAAACAUCAGAUUUGUGUUUGCGGCGGUGAAGGACACGAUUCUUCAGUCCAACUUGAAGGAAUACAAUCUGGUGUAAGUGAAAUACCUCCGAUGAACAGGCUGGAAAAAAGCUGCUUUUGUCGACCCCGUAUGAGAUCAUGGACACAAAUAUGGACUUUGUUGAGCGAGUGACAACAAACAAGAUGGAAGAAAACAAAGUAUCUACAAGAGAUAAAAAAAAAAUUUCAUACGAAAACGAAAAACUCGUUUGUGGUGUCAUCGGCACAUCGCUGCUUCGUUAGAAGUGUACCAACCUUAGGUAGAAAAUAAUGCAUGGGGGGGAAUCCAGCGACAAAUAAACAAACAAACAAACAAAACAAGGACCUAAAUCUGAGAACGUUGUAUACGUUCUUUCCUAACUUUUUCACUGUCAAAACCCAACAAACUGAUUUUAAUUUCAUACUCUUCGCUGAAUUUGUUACCUUUUUAUAGCUUAGUUUAGUUGAUCAAGCCCGGCUGACUGUGACAUCGCCUCAUUUUUAUAUUAAUAUAUAAAACUAUAGGAAAAACAAUAAGGAAAAGGAAAAGGAGAGAAAGGAUGGAUAAAAGAAGGAAUGAAAAAAGGAAAAAAUAUGGAAAACUUGGAAAAAAAAUAUUAAAAAUAUAUAUAUAUAUAAAAGUAAAUAUAAUUAAACACGGAUAUACCGCAAAUGACAAGCAUAUGGUGGCGGUACUGCAGUUGUCUGUGCUAGUUUGUCGGAAUUUUGUCCCGUAACUUUUAUAACAAUUUGCCAAGCAUCCAAUGAAAUGCUCAGCAAUGCAAAUAUGUUUGCAGUAAAACGGGACAAGUUUUUACUAUCACGAAUAUAGUCGGUGAUCCAAGUGAGAGCAAUUCUAGUGCCAUUUAUUAGUGUGGUGUUUUUAUUGCAAGACCUUUGUUAGAUGCAAAAAACCAAAGUGUUUUUUUUUUGUUUUUUUUUUGUUUUGUUUUUGUUUUCGUGUCUAUUCUUUUGUUUGUUUAUAUAUUCUAAUCUACGCAAGAAAUGGGUAAGAGGUAGUUCUUCAUGUGAAUCAAAUUUAAUAAUCGUCAUACAAAUAUUAUAACAUAUAUGUGAGUGGAUGUAUGUAUACAGUCAUGUAUACCUAUAUCCAUGUACAUGUAUAUUAUACGCAAAGAAAAUAAAAUAUAGAAUAGCAAAAGAUACCAAAAAGAAAGAGAAGUAAGAAGAAACUUUUCCCUUUACAUUGAGAGAAGAGAGAGAAAGAAAGAAAAAUUAAAUUACCAUAUAUAACAUUAAAAGUCAAGAAAAUACUAAGAAACUGCAUCUGUUUUGAUGUGAGUUUAGAUAAUUCGGAGGUGAAGGCGGAUAGGAUAAGGGGAUAAGGAUUACGGGGAAUUUUCAUCCUGUCGCAUAAUUCCUGCCGCUCUCUCCUCCGUUGCUGGAGCUCGGAUAAAGUAGGGGCCUGCCCUAAGAGGCGCACAAAUUCUACAUACCUACAUUAUAAUAAUGAAUAUAAUAAUAUGAAUAAUAAUAAUAAUAAUAUUAAUAUUAAUGAUAAUGAUAAUAUUAAUACGCUCCGAGAGACAUGGAACGAACGUUAUAAAAAUUACUAAUAAAACUCGGGUUGUACCAUUUGAAGCGAAAAUGAAAAACGGAGUUUAAAAAGGUGAGAAUAACAAACAAAAUGUCUCGUGAAAAAAAAAAAAAAAAAAAACUGACAAAAACAAACACAAACAAAACAAAAACAAA